AUGAAAUCCUCAGUUCAAGUUCACAGAUUGGCACAUCUUAUCCAGCAGAGAACCACAACGCUCUGUGCUAAAACCCUUUUCCAGAUCCACGACCAACUCAUCACAACAGGCCUGCACGCCGACCACCUAUAUGUUGCCUCGCUCUUCAAUCUCUGCUUGUCAAACCCUUCCACUCUGUAUCAUGCAGCCGCCAUUUUUUGCCACAGCCAGGAACCCAUUACAGCCGAAUGGCUUACCAUGGUUCGAAGACUUGCUUCAGAGACCAACCCUUUUCAGGCCAUCUCUAUAUUCCGAGCCAUGUUUAGUGUAAGACCCAAUUCCCCCCUUGAUGACCCUUUCAUAUAUGCUUCCUUUAUCAAGGCUUGUGACAAGUUAUCAGCAUUUCGAGAAGGUAAAUCAAUACAUUGUCGUGUUCUUAGGCUUGGUUUAGAUUAUAAUGUCAAUGUAAUGAACGCCCUCAUUUAUUUUUAUUCGAGUUUGGCGAACUCUGUGCGCUGUGCUUGCGUUUUGUUUGAUAAAAUUCCUCAGAGAACAGUGGUUACAGUUAAUUGUAUGAUUUCUGGGUACAUGAAGAACAAGCUUUUCAAUGCGGGGGUGGAUUUGUUCAAUCGGGUUUUGGGUUGUUCUUUUGAUUUGACUUUGAAACCGAAUUAUGUCAGCUUGGUGAUAUUAAUUUCUGGGUGCACUGAGUAUGGGGAUUUUAGUGUUGGAAAGUUGCUCCAUUCGUACUGUCACAAGACGGGUUUGGGAAUGAGAAUUGAAGUAUCCAAUGCGCUUGUUGACUUAUAUGCAAAAUUUGGGUGUAUGGGUGGGGCAGUGAGAGUGUUUCAUGAAAUGCACGAGCAGGAUUUGGUAUCAUGGAAUACUUUGAUUGGUGCGUAUGUUAAUAAUAAUGAUUGUAAAAAGGCUUUCUCUUUGUUUAAAGAAAUGAAAAUUAGGAAUAUAGAAUGUGAUAGGGUAACCCUGAUCAAUUUGAUUUCAGCAUCUGUGAAUAGUAGAGAUCUUGACAUGGGAAAGGUUGUUCAUGGCUAUAUAAAGGUGAGUGGAAUGGCAAUCACUGUUACUGUUGGGACUGCACUGAUAAACAUGUACUCUAAAUGUGGAAUCGUGGAGUUUGCUAGGAAUGUUUUCGAUGAACUUCCAGCUGAAAAUAUUGCAUCUUGGAACUCCAUGAUCUUUGGUUAUAUUGAAUGUGGGUAUUACAAUGAGGCUUUGGGGCUCUUCAAUGUCAUUCAAUCUAGCAAUCUCAAACCAGAUGAAAUAACAUUUCUUGGGUCAAUCCUAGCUUGCCGGAAUUCUGGGCAAUUGCAACAAGGUAUUCACGUACAUUCUUUUAUUGAGAAUAGCAAUCAUCAUGGGAGUACUAUUCUAUGUAAUGCUCUUGUUGAUAUGUAUGCAAAGUGUGGGAGCAUGAGCCGAGCUAAAGCUCUGUUUGAUUGGAUGCCUAAGAGAGAUGUAAUCUCAUGGACAUCUAUUAUUGUUGGUUAUGCCACCAAUGGUGAGGGAAAGGAAGCCCUUGUUGCAUUUCAGAAAAUGAUAGCUGAGAAAAUUGAGCCAAACCCUGUCACAUUUAUUGGAGUUCUGUUAGCAUGUGACCACGCUGGAUUGGUUGAUGACGGCCUAAACAUGUAUGAUCUCAUGUGCAGGACAUACCAUGUCGAGCCUAAUAUUGAGCACUGUGGAUGCAUCAUUGAUAUGCAUGCACGAGCUGGAAUGUUGGAGGAGGCCUAUAAAUUUGUUAAAGACAUGUCUGUAGAACCAAAUGCAGUUGUUUGGAGGAUGUUAAUUAAUGCUUGUAGAGUUCAUUGCAAUUUUGAUCUGGGAUUAAGCUUUGUGAGAGGGCUCACAGAACUGAAGACAUUGCAUGGACCUGAAGAUCGUGUCAUUUCCUCAAACAUUUUAGCUGAUGCAGGAAGAUGGGAUGAUGUUCUACAUGCAAGAGGCUUGAUGGUAGCCCAGGAACCUCCAAAAGUGGCAGGGAAAAGCUCAGUUUCAGAUUUAGUGAUGUGA